AUGAGCGCGUGCCUCUUGGUCGUCUUGACAUUAGCACUGCUUCCAUCCUCGGUUGUUGCCUUUUCGGCCACAACGAAAUCCCCCUGGGCACCAGCAUCAUGGCGAUUGGUGAUCAACUUGGGCCGGGAAAUCUCGACCACCAUGCCAGAAGAAUGGGGCGCAUCGGGUGCUCGUCUUUCCUUUCCCGUGGAACUGUGCAUUGAAUCGGAUCGAUUGCCCGACGAGGAACAAGAUGAACUGUUGGGCGGUCGAGGCGCCAAUCGAUUGCGCGUGGUAGACCCCGAAAAAAUCACCUAUAUCACCACCGAGCUAGGGGAACAACAGGUUCCUCUCAAAGGCACGGGUGGUUGGAAUUUACGGCUGGGACGAAAACCCGGUCAUGCCAGUCUGUUGCGAUUUUGGUUGGAUACGGGUGUUUCUACUAGUCAUUCGAAAGUCAUUGCUCAAAAACGAGAUGUCACCCUCCAAGCCAAUCAACGACUUUAUUUUGCCGCGCAUUGUUGGCGUCAAUCUGACUGGGUCAAAGGACGACAAAAGCUACAACCGACAUUGGAAGCCUACGAACGCGCUCAAGCGAAAUUGGAAGACCAAGUGUCGCACGAAUCCGGCGAUCGACGAUUGGAUGGAGUGGAUCCACUCGAGACACUGGCAGCCUACAAGGAUAUGGCCGGAUUGACAUUGGAUCGGGAUGACAAACUGCGACAAUUGCUCGAUGCACAAGAAUACUUGCCACCACCCGAAAAUUUGCCAUUGGGGAAUUGGCCUGGUUCUACCGAAUUAAUGGCAUUGGCGCCCAUGGAGAUUUUUGUGCAAGAAAAGAAGGGUUUCCUGGGCAAUCAGCAAGAAUAUCAUUUGCUCGGGUCUUGGAAUGCCAAGCCAUUCAAUGUGAUUCCAGAAGAUAUUGAAGAUGAAUACGAGUACUAUGAUGAUGAGGAAGAAGAAGAAGAAGGUGAAGAUAUGGACGAAGACUUUUCCGAAGAGGACGAAGAAGACGAAAUAGAAGAGUUAUCACAAGACAUCUCUGAAGAAAAACUGGAAAAAGAAGCGAACAGAAACUCACCAGACAGUAUGGGUGGGACGACCAUGGUCGGUGGCAGUCAGGAACAAACAAAAUGA